AAUUUAAACUGCGCAGUUUAAAUUUUAUCGUUAACGGUCAGUAUAGUUCUUCAUCUAUGGUGUAACCUGUCGAUGAGAAUUCAGCAAUUGCUAUUAUAUAUUAUAUUUCUAUUAUAUAUUAAUAUGGCAAGUGGAAUAAUCAAGAAGAAAUCUAAAAAACCAUACAAACAAUACCUACAACCGGGAAACUUAGAACAUAUGUGCUCUAAUGUUAAAAAACGGCUGGAAAAAAGGCAUUUUCCAUAUAUAUCUUCUCAAGAAUCAUAUAAUCCAAGCGAAGAACAAUCAGUAAGUCCUGCCAGGUCCGACUUUGAAAGCUACGGGGAUUUAAAGAAAAAAACAACAAAUGAAAAUACUUCUUUUAAUAAUAAUGAUCUGUGUGAUAGUUACAUGUGGAAUAGUGACAAAAAUGGUGAUAUUGAUAACAAUGAUAAUACAGAUGAUAUUGAUAUGUGUAAUAACAGUACCAAUAGCACAUAUGAUAAUAAUGACCUUGAUCUUGGCAAUGAAGACAAAAAUGGUGAUAUUGAUAACAAUGGUAAUACAGAUGAAAUUAAUAUGUGUAAUAACAGUGCCAAUAGCACAUAUGAUAAUAGUGACCUUGAUCUUGACAAUGACAAUACAGUUUAUACCGCUGACCAAAUGUGCAACAAUGAUAAUAACAUCAAUGGCAACAUUUUUCAAAAAUAUUCUGAUUUAAAUGAUACUAUGUUUGAAAAAGCGGGAUUAACAAAAUUUGAUGUGCUCGCUAUGAUUUAUUCACUAUCCCUUAAACAUCAGUUAUCUAAUACAGCUAGAGAGGACAUUAUUGAAUUAUUAAAAGUCUGCGCCAACUUAUGCAACGACGACGUAUUUCAAUCGUCAAAUUAUUAUAUGGCAAAAUUUUUUGAACCAUCAAGUCAAGUUUCUAACUAUAUCUUUUACUGUGAGAAUUGUAAAUCUGCUCUCACCGAUCCCUUGGUAAAAGAAUGCGUUCAAGAACAGGUUGUGCAAUGUCCAAAUAAAAAAUGUAAUAAAGAGUACCAAAUUUCUCUAUCAAAAGAUUAUUAUUUUAUCAUAGUCAACACUACGGAUCAAGUAGCUGAUGUAUUAAGCCAAAAAUAUCAAAGAGCUAAACGAACAAGUGACUAUUACGUGGAAAUUAACACAGGAGAUAUUGUACAAGUUUUAAAACUUAUUGUAGUUAAUAAAAUUAGUUAUAUGUAUGUGAAAAAUGUAAACUGUUACAAGUUAAUGUGCGAAAAUGUUCAAUUGCCUCAUAUUUUUGAAGUAGAAUCUCUAAGCGAAUAUGAACAUAUGAUACCAAUUGAACAUUUUACAAGAAAAUGUAUUUAUGUAAACAUUGGAGAGAAGUCUUACAUCUGUCAUUUUCCAAACAAAAAUGAAGUUCAAUAA